CAAGGAGCUGAAUUAGUUGUUACUGCGGCUCUAUAUAGAUUCAGAAUCUCACAUUUUUUUCCAUUCUUUAUGCCCUAAAUCUCUUUGACGUAAAAUGUCAAUUGCAGUAGUAGCAGUGACUAAUAACGAAACGAAAGGAAAUUGACAGCGACGUCUUUAUUCCUACACAUCAGGAAAAGCAUAGCCAUAGAAGAAUAGGCUCCAGCCAUGCAUCAGUUCCAAUCGUUUGCUCCGCAAGCGCCGACUGUAGCCGAGUAUGCGUUUCCGAGCGUACUGCAGUACCUACAGUCAGAAUGGCGUCGUUUUGAGCGUGACAGAAAUGAAUGGGAUAUUGAGAAAGCAGAGAUGAAGGCCCGAAUUGCAUUCCUUGAAGGUGAAAAACGUGGUGUUGAUAAUACAAAGGUGGAUCUUAUGAAGCGUGUCAAGAUGUUGGAGUACGCCCUCCGACAAGAGAGGAGCAAGUAUAUAGAACUGAGUAACGCCGCUGGUGUAGUUAAAGGAACAGCAAACACUGUCCUUGAUGUGCCGCCUCUCAACAGUCAUGUCAACAAUAAUAGCAAUAAUAGCAACAACAUUAAUGGCAGCAAUACCAAGACGCAGAAUAGAGUGUCAACCUACAGUGUAUCUGGUGUUAAUAUGACCCAAGUGAGUCCCACCUCAGCCCCGGAUCCAGUUGGAAGAGCCAAGAGCAGAGAGUUUUUGAGGAUUUGCCUUCAGGAAAUAAGUUACUUGACUUCAUCGGUGCCUCAAUCUAUUGCCAUGGGGAUGCCUUCAGCUCUUGCUCAGCCUCCAGCUCUUGCUCAGAACCGACUCGUGCGCCAUGAAUUGGAGAAGCGAGCUAGUGCUGUGGGCUAUAAUGGUAUGCGAGGUGGAGGAGGCAAAAACAGACACAGUGACUUUUUCCCUACAACUUCAAACUCUUUAAUCCAUGUUGCUGCUGGAACAGCAAGCACCGUAGUUCCUCCGCCGUUACCCAGGUCCAACUCUGUCCCCAUUAAUACACUUCAGUCAUUUUCCAAGGCUAAACCUGCGAUAGAAAGCCCUCCUCUCUAUCCCGACUCCACAAAUAUCGCAGGGUCAUUGGAUGAUGAUAACAGCAACCAAACCACUUUGAGGCAGCAACAGUUUCCAUCUCACCAAAACUCAGAAAACAUAACCAGUUUGACAUCAACAACGAAAGACAGUAUGCUUGUAGCCAGUAAUAAGCCAAGAAAGACCAGCGAUACUACUAUCAAUGCGGCAGAUGAGAACGAGAGACAUCCGACUGGACUGGAGGCAUUCCAGUGUGAUGAAGCUGUCACUGUCAUGCACGCUCCUCUUUCGAGCGAACAAUGGCGUGCAGACUUGCAGAAAGCCGGCAAUCAGUUGAAUCAGAGUAUCAACGAGAAAAAAAAAUCUGAAAAGUCUGAAAAUGUUGACCAAUUGAGUAAGGAUAUACAAGACAAAUAUAAUAUCACCUCCGAACAAUUGAGCAGAAUGGUGAAGGGAUGGGAAUGGGACAAGUCAACACAAGAGGAAGUAGCUGUGAAGAACGGACCAUACAAGAAAAAAAUCCAAGAUGAACUAGCAUCUCUAAAUGUUUCGGAAGCAGAGAGUUUAGGAAAUGGUGGUGCCACCAAGUCAGCAAGUAACGUGCUUGAUGAGCCCAUUCUUUGGAGACCAAAAAUUACUCUGCGCAGGCAUUUGGAUGUAGUGCGCUCGAUUGCGUUCCAUCCCAAAGAUAAGGCCCUACUAUCAGGUUCUGAAGACGGCACCAUGAAGUAUUGGAAUCUUGAAUCGGCUCUCAAAGAGUCAAAGAGGCCUUUAAAUGGUGAAGUAGAAGCUGUUCAUACCUAUCGUGGACAUAUAAAACCCAUCACUGCCGUCGCUAUCUCAGCAGAUCAGAACAAGUGCUUCUCUGCCAGUAUGGACUCGACUGUGCGAUCAUGGAGGCUGGUAUCUAUGGACAAAAAUACCUAUGCACGCCAAGAUCCUACAUUGACUAUGUCAUCAUUCAUUGGACAUACGGAUACAGUUUGGGACAUCAAACUUUUUCCACUAUCAAUCUCAUCGUCACAGCUACUUGCCUCUAUCUCUGCUGAUGGCACACUUAAGGUCUGGGAUACAGAGACGAAAGGAUCUCCAUUACGAUCAUCAUGGGGUUACAAUGGUUUGGAAUCAUCAGAUCCAACGACUUACACAUCUGGUCUGACAAAGUUACCGACCCCCACAGGUCUCGAUUUCUGCCCCACAGAUUUGACUAAGAUGGUGGUGAGCUACUCGAAUGCGGUGGUUAAAUUGUUUGAUAUUGAAAGCGGCAAAACUAUUUUGGCUCUCAAGAGUGAUGAAUCCUAUGAUGGUACAACAGCGACACAGAUCAACAAGCUUGUGUGCCAUCCGACUAUGCCAGUUGUGAUCUCGGGACACGAAGACCGAUAUAUUCGAUUUUUUGACAUCAACUCGGGCUCGUGCUCGUUUUCGAUGCUAUCGCAUUUGGAUGCGGUCUCUUCACUCGACAUUGAUCCCUCUGGAUUAGUGCUAUGUUCUGGUGGACAUGAUGGAUCUGUGCGAUUGUGGGAUAUCGCAUCAUCGGGUCGUUCUUGUCUCCAAGAGUUUACAGGCCACCGAAGGAAGAGUGAUGAGGGAGUAACGAGCGUCAAGUAUCAUACAACUGUGCCUGGCUUAUUGGCCACUGGAGGUGCCGAUUCUAUUGUCAAGGUGUAUACCAAGAGUUAAUCGAAUAAUGCGAGGUUUUGAAUUCUCAGACGUAUUAGAAGAUCUGUUUGUAUUUUUUAUUUUAUUUUUUUUGCUGUAUCAUA